AGACAGCUUUGCAUAAUUUUUUCUUGCCAGUUCAUCCCCUCCCAAACAACGCACGUUCUUCGUCUUCCUCCUCCUCUUCAGAUCUCUCCUCGAAACCCCAUUUCCAUGGAUCUCUAAAGUCUCUCACUCCUCUGAUCGUUCGACGAUUUUCUUUCUUUCUUUUUCGAAUUUAGUCGAAAUGGACGGCGCUGAUGGAACCAUGCGUGUCGGAGCAAUGAACCCCAAGCCUGGUCGUGGAUUCGAUUUGGAGCCGGAUUUGGGGGUUUCUUCGCCGGUGACGAGGCAAAAAGCUGCGGCUGCGAAGCAGUUCAUUGAGAAUCAUUACAAGAAUUACUUGCAAGGUUUGCACGAUCGCAUGGAGAGACGUAGGGAACUUCAGAGAAAAGUACAAGAAGCUCAAAUACCAACCGAGGAACAAGAGGAGAUGAUGAGGAAUCUGGCACGUCGUGAGACUGAGUACAUGAGGCUGCAGAGACGUAAAAUAGGGAUAGAUGACUUCGAGCCGCUUACCAUUAUUGGUAAAGGUGCCUUUGGUGAGGUUCGAUUGUGCCGUUUGAAAUCCAGUGGUGAAGUUUUUGCCAUGAAGAAAUUGAAAAAAUCUGAAAUGCUUAGCCGUGGACAGGUUGAACAUGUCAGAUCUGAGAGGAAUUUACUAGUGGAGGUUGACAGUCGCUGUAUUGUAAAGCUCUUUUACUCGUUUCAAGAUUCAGAAUUUUUGUAUCUUAUUAUGGAGUAUUUACCUGGCGGUGACAUCAUGACUUUACUAAUGAGAGAAGACAUUCUUUCUGAAGAAGUUGCCCGCUUUUACAUCGCGGAGAGUAUUAUGGCUAUUCAUUCAAUCCACCAACACAGCUAUGUACAUAGGGAUAUCAAGCCAGAUAACUUGAUACUAGACAAAAAUGGGCAUUUGAAGCUUUCAGACUUUGGAUUAUGUAAGCCCCUGGAUGAAAAGUAUUCUUCAAUACUGUUGGAAGAUGAAGAAAUGAUGUCUCAGGAUUCAGAAAGCCAAUCAGGAAAAGCAGAUUCUAACCAAGCACCCUGGCAAAUGCCUAAAGAACAGUUACAGCAAUGGAAACGCAAUCGCCGUGCAUUGGCCUAUUCAACCGUUGGAACUCUUGAUUACAUGGCACCCGAAGUACUGCUAAAGAAAGGGUAUGGAAUGGAGUGUGACUGGUGGUCUCUUGGAGCAAUCUUAUAUGAGAUGCUAAUAGGCUAUCCUCCGUUCUGUUCUGAUGAUCCUCGUAUAACAUGCCGCAAGAUAAUUAACUGGAGAGUGUGCUUGAAAUUCCCCGAGGAACCGAAAAUAUCAGAUGAAGCCAGGGACUUAGUUUGUCGCUUGCUGUGUGAUGUUGACUCAAGAUUGGGUACCAGAGGUGUCGAGGAAAUAAAGGCUCAUCCUUGGUUUAAAGGUGUACAAUGGGAGAAACUGUAUGAAAUGGAAGCAGCAUAUAAACCCACAGUCAACGGAGAGUUAGACACACAGAAUUUCGAGAAGUUCCCUGAGGUCGAAGGCACACCAUCUGAGGCUCCACAAGUAGGUCCUUGGAGAAAGAUGCUGACGUCUAAAGACACCAAUUUCAUAGGAUUUACAUUUAAGAAGUCGGACAUUGUUAGAUCGAUGGAAAGCACAGACACGGGCACAGGCAUGAGCGUGAGACCAAAUGGAUCAUCGGAUGCACCAUCGCUGAUAUCGUUGUUAGGUCAAAUCAAUAUGCAAGGACCUGCAGUACCCGAAGGAGAUGAAUCGAAUUCCAAAUCUUGAGAAUACAGUUCAAGUUUUUUUAUUUUUAAUCAUUUGUGAUGAUCACCUUGGACAAGUGUUUUUCUUUUUAAACGGAAAAGGCAAUGGGGGACGAUGGGGGGGAGACUUAUGGCUGAUUUAUAAUCUGGUUUGGGCUUCUUUUUUUCUUUUUGUGUUAAAGGUGUGGUGGCAUAAGGGAAACUGUAAAGCAUUGGGGCAAUAAAUGUCAUUCAUGUUUUAUAACAUUUUA